AUGUCUGAGCAAUAUUUUUCUCAAUACAAUAGUCCGAACAUUGUUAUAGAACCAACUGUUAUUGUUUGUAAACCACCAUCUCCAAAAAGACCCAAAGUUGAUAAAAUUCUACAAGACCAAUCACCAGAACAUCUAGAUAUAAGUUUCCUCGAUGAUUUGAAUAUAGAUGAAAUAGUGGCAUGCUUAAAAAAGUCUGAAGAAAAUCAGCAUUGUUUAGAAAAUACUAACGUAGUAAACAAAAAUGAUUUAAAUAUGAAAUUUGGAACAAUAACCAACUUAAAAUUCAUUGAAAGUGAAACAUGUAUAAUUGAAAACAUGGAAGAAAACGCUAUAAGCAAUAAUACAGAAUGUGAGAAAAUUUGCAAAUUACAUUCUUUAAGUAGUUUCAAUACAGAAGAUAGUGAUAAGAUUAAAAGUGAAAAUAAAACAAUUAAUGACAUUAAAAUAAUUAAGAACUUCAAAAAAUCAAGUGAAUAUACUGAAAAAAAUGUGUUGGCAAUAAAGGGAGAAUUGAAUUCUUCACUUUCUUUUAAGUUUAUAGAACAUACAAAAGCAGAACUAAAAAAAUCUGAUAUUAAUAAUUUCAAUGAUGACUCAGAUAACUAUAUGAGGAUCAAAGUCAAUGUGGAUUUAGUGUCUAAUGAUUGUCCCAAGACAACAACAUAUACAAAAUCUGAAACUAAAAUAAAAUCUAUGAACACAGUUAAAUGUAAAGAAUUAAACAAUUCACAGAAUACCACUUUGCCAGUACAAAAUGAUAAACCCAAUAAGAGUAUAGUUAAAAACAAAUAUAUAGAGGCUGAGCCCAUAAAAAUAAAUGAAAAUAAGAAAUCUUCAUGUAUAAAAAGUGUUGUGCUGAAUAAAACAGAUGUGCUUCUAUCACAUAAUUUAGAGAAAUAUUUGUUUAAAUGUUUACAUGAAAAGCAUUCUGUACUUUCAAUUAUUCAUUAUGGAAGAUUUUCUAAAAUAUUUAAAUGCAAAGAUUCAGCUGGGAAAGAGUAUGCCCUUAAGAUGUUAAGUUUUAGCACUUACAAAUACUCACGUGGAUUACACCAACAAAAAAUGUUAAAGAGUAUUCAAUGUGAUAUUCCUAAAGACAAUUUAUUCUGUGUAUACCUUCAUGAAAGUUUUGUAAUUAAUGGAUAUUGGUGUUUUGUGAUGGACUUUUAUCCUCAAAACUUAAGACAAGUAUUAUCUAACUCAAGUAAACCUUUGGAUAUACACACAGUCCAAGACCUUGCUCGGCAACUGGUAUCAGCUGUAACAUUGCUGAGAAAUAACAAUAUAGUCCAUUCAGAUAUUAAUCCAAAUCACAUUCUGUUGAAUUGUUCAAAUGAUAAAUUAAAAUUAUGCGGUUUUGAUAAUGCUUAUUAUAUAGAAUCUGCUAUAAUUUCGCCAAAUCUUGGUACAUGUAGUUACCGAGCACCUGAAGUGAUAUUGGGUUAUUCAGCAGGAUUUAGUAUCGAUGUAUGGUCUACUGCCUUGGUUUUACAUGAGAUGGCUACAGGGAGGAAACUGUUCCUGGGUUAUAUAAACAGUGAUAUAUUAUACAAACAGAUGUCGAUUUUAGGCAACAUACCCCAUGAGAUGAUAAACAUGUCUUAUUACAGCAUUAAUUAUUUUGUUGGCUAUACAUUCAAGAGAAAUUUUGGUGUAGGUAAUGAGGUAUGUGUAGUG